AUGACGUCUACCAACUCAAUUUCAGCGUCUUCUAACAAUGCAGUCGAUACUCUGGUGGCAGCACUCAUGGGUCUCAACAUGAGUCCUGUCACUGCAAACACCAUUGUUACGGUCAUACAAGCGAUCACUUCCGGCGAGCCCUCCACUCAAUUAGCGUCACCUCCUGUUCAUAUCCCUGAACAUGCUGAUGAAGCGGCGGAGGCAGGAGUGCACGCUGACCAUGCUACGAGCGACGUAAUCCCUGCAGAGACUCCACCUCCCCCCACCAAUAUCUCACCAACGCUACCUUCUGGAAACUCCCCCACCACCACCACCACCACCACCACCACUCUGGUGCCUACCACUGUUACUCCCACCACUACCACUCCGGUGCCUACCGCUGUUACUCCCACCACCACCACCACCACUCUGGUGCCUACCACUGUUACUCCCACCUACGCAGACCCUGUUACGUUCCCGCCCAGUUUCGUUUCAUACCGAGGCUUCCAAUAUGAGAUUCCUCAUGCGUCCGCUCAAGCACCGUUCUACUGUGUGACUAAGGGCAAACGUGUUGGUGUUUUGUCUACGUGGGAAGAUACUUCCCCCCAGGUCACGGGUGUCAGCGGUUCCAUCCAAAGCCGUUGCCCGUCUAUUGAAUCAGUAGAAGACCGCCGAGAGGCCGCCAAGAUAUAUCGAAAGACAUACUACGAGAACCGCCAUCUUGUAGAAGAUGCGAUUAAAAUACAACACGACCAACUUCACGGCGUCAUCGCACCUGCGAUGAUGCCAACUGACCCAGAUACGAGAUUUCGCAAGCUAAUCAACGGUUCCACUCAUAGGUUCCUAGAUAACUUGACAUUGCAGUACAUCGGUGGGAAUCAUUCGGAAGAGUCCCGGCAGCCCAUUCAGGACGCACUCAAUAUUUCACAGGAAGCUGAGGACGCAAUUAGAGCAAGCGGAGGUGAUAGUACGGAAUGCCGCCAAGUCAUACUGUCCCUCGAGGACGUUCUCCUGCGUGUUUUUGAGGACGAGGACAUUAAAUCCGCACAUAGUCGGUGGCUUCUCAGUGCUGGUGCCUUAAAUUCGGAAACUGCCUUGUGGCUUGAUGGAGCGAGCUACGUGAAGUUCUGGCCGCCAGUCUAUGAACAAUGGGAGGAGAAAUGGCCCAUACGUAAGGAGCUCUGGCCAGACCUCCCUGAAGACGAGGCUCUGAAUGUGGUGCAAUCGGACAUAAUGGGGAAGGCAGUCAGAAACAUCAGAAGCAAUUACGAACGUGGGUAUCAUGGCAUUCAGCGCGUUCUGCCUCCCGCAAAGGUCAAGCCGCCCAAUCAUCUGAUAGGGCGACUCGUCUACUUAAAGACCUCCUCCAACCUCGGGACCCCUGGCCUAGCCCCUGGCCAACCCCUACCGACACAACGUCAAUGCUGGGAGUGGGAGGCAGAUGCAACCAUAAUUGCUGAUGUCAAGGCCAGGAUGAAGGCUAAGAAGAAGUCCAAGAAGUCAAACGAGGAUGGUGAAGAUGAUGACGAAACACUGGAAGAUUACAAUGAGGAGGAGGAAUUGACCACGGAGGACUUGCUUGAUAACACGUUUGACAGAACGCAGGAAAACUUACCUGCCAUUUUCAACACCAUUUUGACGUACCUCGCGGAACGCACUAAAUUUUCGUUCUUGGUGUUGAUGGGUGGGCCGGAUCCCUCAAACAACAAUACAAUCACUGUCUCAUCUUCCUUCAAGGCGUACAAGGCAAGAUAUAGCUCCCCCGAACCUGAGGGAGAGGACACGGACAAGAGCGAGGGCGAGGAUGAGGGCGAGGUCGAGGCAGAAGAGCAUGAAGACCAAGACAAAGUGGACGCGGACCCGUUUGCAGAUGAGCCGGAGAAUGAAGUAGAGGUAUCCAAGGGACAGAAGGGGGAUGCUUUGGACGGGGAGAUGGACGGGAAGCAGAAUGCUCAAGAGCGGAUCCCUGACAUUUAUUCCCCAAACUACGCCAUGCAUGGCUCCGUCCAGCCCGAGGAUCGUUCAACGUUCCAGAAUAUCAACAUGCAUGAUCCUUCGAAUCUUGCCAUGCAUGAUGGCAACUCAAACUUCUUGGACACCACCAACUUCCACAGCAAUGACGCUUAUCUGGCGAAUCUCAGCAGUCUGCUCUUCAACAAUUACAAUUACUGGACUCCUCCGACUGGACAGUACAAUGCAUUCGAGAAUUAUCAGACUUCCGGUCAUGUCCCUAGCUACCCCCAGCCAUAUAAUUAUCCGCCGAGUCAGUCUUCCGUCCCUCAUCCUUCAGAGCCGCCUGUGCCAUCAGGCAGUUCUCCUGCCAGCUCUCACCCUUUAGACACCCUACCGCCGCUAGGCAGUUCUCCUGCCAGCGCUCACCCCUCGGACACCUUACCCCCGCUAGGCAGUUCUCCUGCUAGCUCUCACCCUUCGGACACCUUACCCCCGCUAGGCAGUCCUCCUGCUAUCUCUCACCCUUCGGAUACCUUACCCCCGCUGCCACCAGUUCACGUGGCAAACUCUCCUGCACCAGAAUGUCUGCCUCGAGGAAACUCUCAGGCGUCCGGUGCAAAGACAUCGGGUGUGAAGGUGUCCAGUGCGAAGGCUUCUGGUGUGAAGGCGUCGGGUGUGAAGGCAUCUAAGAAAGGUAAACCCGAAGCUCCUGCCCAUCAGUCUGAAACCAUCACCCGCAAGUCUGCGCGUCCACCAAAACCAUCCACCCGUAACGAGACAGCAAAUACCAUUGGUGCUCAAGCGCUCACCGAACUGCGGGAGAAGGAAAAUGCUCCUGGAGUGGGGAAAAAGGGCCGUAAACGUGGGCCAGACGUGGGUGGGGAGCCCAUCGCUAAGAAAAAAAAACGUGACGAAAGGGUGCAUGAUAUCCUAAUACAAGAAAACUAUGGCGCUGGAUGCAUUCAACUAUUCUACAUGCACAAAACACAGAAACAAAAGACUCGGAUACCUUUCAACGGGUACAAUGUCGGACCUACUAUUUUGACAUCGCCGCGUAACGUGUACAAACUGGUUAUCUGGAAUCAGAUAUCGACCGUGGACGAACCUUAUUAAUAACCAUUGAAAUGGCGACAUAUGUAAGUCCGGAAGGAAAUUGCUUGUUUUGCAGAUUUCGAGGGGGA